CAAGAGAGGGGAGGGGAAAAGUUGGACACCCACUCUCGCCGUGACUUUUCCUCUUCUUCCCUUUCUCCGUGGAAGACGCCUCGAGACAAAAAGUCACAAAAAGAAUCAAAGCCGACACACUGGAUUACUUUCUACUUCCAUCGGAUCUAUUUAUGCACACGUGCACAGUUAUUGGUGGAUCGAUGCAAUCUACAAGUUUGUGGAUUUGAUCAAAAGUUUUUUUUAAUAAGGUGGAGGCUCAGGUGAGGCGAGGCGCCUGAAAGCAUGUGGCUUCUUUGGUCCUGCCUGACUCUGCUGGCCGUCAGCCUCAGAUCCUGCGAAACACUUCCAUCGGAGCAAGAUGUACAGUGCCCAUCCUUACAAGUAGAUGAAUGGAAGUUUCCUCAUUCGCUCAGGGACAAUAUCACAGGCUUUAAUUUGGUGAGGCGGUUCUCCCUUCUCAAGAACCAAGACGUCAAGAAAAUCCGCAACCCUCGCGGACCCGUCAUCCUCCGCUUGGGCAAGACUCCGCUCAUUCGCCCCACUGAUGAGGUGUUUCCUGAUGGCCUUCCUGAUGAGUUCACUCUGAUAUUCACCUUGGCGUUAAAGAAGGCUGCCCUGAGGGACACCAGCUACCUCCUCCAGAUAUCUGAUGAGCAGGGAUACCCUCAGCUUUCCGUGGACCUCAACGGGCCAGAUGGCACCCUGUCGUUGCGAGCCAGACGGGCGGACGCCGCGGGCGACCUGGUGAGCUGCGUUUUCAGUAACGAGGGUGUAGAACCUCUGCUGGACUUACGCUGGCACAAGGUGGCGCUCAGCGUCCGACAACAUUCCGCCUCCCUCCUCGUGGACUGCAGCCCCGUCGAGACGCAGCCCCUGGAGGCCCGAGGAAAAGUGCCCACUGAUGGAAAUACCCUGCUGGGCAUUCGGGCCGCAGAUGCCGGGCCUGUACUGAUGGACAUUCAGCAGUUGGUGCUCUAUUGUGAUCCAUCCCUCGCCAGCCAGGAAACCUGCUGUGAGAUACCAGGCGCUCGAUGCCCCCCGGAUGCCUCCAAGAGCCGACGGGCCGCAGAGAAUGAGUUGGAAAACACGUUUAACCAGGAGAUCUUCUCAUCCAAGGACCUGGCAGAGAAAGUUUUAAAUCUUGCUCAACUUGCUGGGAUCAAAGGGGAAAAAGGCAGUCGGGGUGAUGAUUGUUUGAGCGUCCAGUCAAGUCCAUGCGCGGAGGGAACUAAAGGCGAGAAAGGAGAGAAAGGAGAGGGGGCGCUGCUUGCCAACUGGGCCGAAGCGGCAGAGUUCAAGGAACUCAAAGGUCAAAAGGGUGAGAUUGGUCCACAGGGUCUCACAGGCACUCCAGGGAAGGAUGGUCGAGCAGGCUCCAUCUGCGUUGUCGGGCCCAAGGGACAGAAGGGCACCUCAGGAUCGGUGGGUCCUGAAGGCUUGGCCGGUGAGCCCGGAACGCCCGGACUACCGGGCCAGCCCGGACUCGGCGAGCCAGGUCCAGCUGGCCCUCCUGGUCAACCUGGUGGUCCUAAAGGAGACACGGGUGACCCCGGACCUCAAGGGGACGAUGGAUUACCUGGAGAUCCGGGUCCAAGAGGACCAGCUGGGCAUAAAGGAGAAAAGGGAGAGCCAUGCGAAGUGUGCCCCACACUGCCCGUCGAUCUCGGCAACACGGUGGCUUUGCAAGGGAUGAGGGGCCCCAAAGGAGAGCCCGGUUUGCCAGGAGUUGGAGAGAGAGGACCACCUGGACUUCAAGGUGUGGAUGGAAAGAGCGGACAGAAGGGAGAAGCAGGAUCAGAUGGUGUGAAAGGAGAAAAGGGUGAGCCCUGCUCUGCGUGCCCCACCUUGGGUGAGAUUCCCCCAAACCUGGUCUCCGGUCUCGCGACUCAAACUCUGCAAGUGAAGGGCCAAAAAGGAGAGCCAGGCAUUGGAAUUCAAGGAGAACAAGGAGACGCUGGAAAUGUAGGACCACCUGGCCCAAGAGGAGAGAAGGGGAAUGCGGGGAGAAGAGGAGCUGAUGGUAAGCCGGGAAAACUUGGUGCAAAAGGAUCGGCUGGCAGGAAUGGAGAGAAGGGUGAAAAGGGAGAGAUUGGACUGCCUGGUCUCAGCCUUCCCGGCCAGAAAGGGGAGCCGGGCCAGUGUGGUGCGUGCCAGCCAUACGAAGUUGGCAGCGGUCCUGCCAGCAUCAAAAUACCUGAGGGAACAAUAGGCAACCCAGGUGAACCUGGCCCUCCGGGUGCGCCUGGACUUCCCGGGCUUGGGGCAGAUGGCAAACAGGGCCCCCCGGGUGCUGCUGGAGAGAAAGGAGAUAAGGGUGACCAAGGUGACAAAGGUGAUACUGGAGACGACGGUGCUCCUGGAGUCCCAGGACUGCCUGGAGAGCCGGGACAGGAUGGACGAAUGGGCAUCAAGGGAGAAAAGGGUGAUGCUUGUACCAGCUGUUCAUCUCUGGGCACUGCGGUGGGCGACGUUACGGCUGUGCCGGGGCAAAAAGGAGAAAGGGGAGAGCCUGGUGCUCCAGGAGUGAGCAAGACGGGCAAAAAUGGUAAACCAGGCUUACCGGGCGUACAAGGGCCCCCUGGUCUCAAAGGCAGCAAGGGAGAACCUGGACUUGCAGGAGUCGGCCUCCCAGGUGUACAGGGUAUUGAAGGACCAAGAGGACUUCCGGGUAUUGCUGGACCUUCUGGAUCCAGAGGAACACCUGGCCCCGCAGGUCCUGCUGGGGAAAAGGGCGUGAGCGGAGAUGCUGGGCCUCCAGGACCUCAAGGGCCAAUGGGCUUCGGCGUAACUGGGCCACCAGGUAGAGACGGCGCUCCCGGCUCCCGCGGAUCUCCAGGAGCGGAUGGCAGACCUGGGCUUGAUGGAGCUAAGGGGGACAAGGGCGACCCCGGCGAGUGCAACUGCGUAAUGCCAAUGCAGUCGGGUGGAGGUGGACCUGGGGCCCCCGGGGCUUUAAUAGGCACGUGGCAGCCAGGCCCUCAGGGACCACCAGGACCACCGGGCCCGCCAGGUCCACCAGGGCCUCAUGGUACCAACGGAGUGCCAGGAUCUCAAAAGUCUGACUUGCGGUUGUUGCCUCAGGAUGCUUCUGAUGAAGACGGCGAUAAAGCAUGUGAAGGGGACUGUUCCCAAGGGAUGCCGGGAGUGCCAGGCAUGGCUGGUGCCAAGGGCGAAAAGGGAGACCAGGGGAAACCUGGUGUAACCCCCUUGGAUAACUGUGACAGCUGUUUGGAGAAACUACAGGCAACAGAACCAAGGGACCCCUGCAGCUGCACAGGAUCACCUGGAGUUCCAGGGGUGCCCGGGUCACAGGGAAUACGCGGGGAACCUGGCAUCCCGGGAGACAGAGGACAAGCUGGGCUUCCGGGAAACAUGGGGCCUCCAGGCUUCCCAGGUCCUCCAGGCCCAUCUGGCUCACCUGGUCAGCAAGGGGAGCAAGGGACAGCUGGACUAGCUGGAAUCAAGGGCGAACAGGGCCCUUCAGGGACACCGGGCUAUCCUGGAUCCAUGGGGGCUCCUGGACUACCGGGAUUGAAAGGUGAACGUGGAAGCCCAGGGACGAGUGGUCAGAAAGGAGAAUCGGGUCCUUCUGGUCUCCCCGGGUAUCAAGGACAGGCGGGCGCACCGGGGGGUAAAGGAGAUCCAGGACCAGCAGGACCAGUUGGACCAAAAGGAGAUCAGGGCUUUCAAGGACAACCCGGAUUCCCUGGAACACCAGGCCCACCAGGCCUUGCUGGCAAAACUGGAAGGGAAGGACCUCAAGGGCUCAAGGGUGAAAAGGGCAACGAUGGCGCCCAAGGUUCUCAAGGACAAACUGGCCCCCCAGGCUCACCGGGCUCCCCGGGGCUGAUGGGACCUCCCGGCAUUGAGGGAAUUGAUGGAAAAGAUGGCAAACCGGGGCUGCGGGGAGAGAUGGGCCCACCAGGACCAGUGGGCCCACGAGGAAUCCCAGGAUUCAAAGGAAAAACAGGCCACACUGGCUUUCCAGGACCAAAGGGGGAGGUUGGACCUUCAGGUCCACCUGGAUCACCAGGUAGACCAGGACACGAGGGUGAUCCCGGAACACCAGGAGCUCAGGGACGACCCGGACCAUCUGGCCACAUUGGUUCACCAGGUCCAGCUGGACCCCCAGGACCUCCCGGUCCAUCAGGAGUGGGUAUCAAGGGAGAUAAAGGUCAGAACGGAGAGAGAGGUCUCCCAGGAAUGCCCGGGACUCCAGGGCCACCUGGUCACCCAGGAUUAAUGGGAGAGCCGGGUAAUGAUGGUUCUCCCGGCAAAGAUGGUAUGGCAGGCCUUCACGGUGAGAAUGGAAAGCCAGGUCAAAAGGGUGAGCCAGGGGCCACGGGUGAAAGAGGCUCUCCAGGGGAGAGAGGCAGACCUGGGCCCCCUGGUGGUGGCUUGGGAUAUCACUCCAAGGAUGCGCAGCCAAUGAUUGGCCCGGUCGGGCCAAGAGGGGAACGGGGAAGCCCUGGUUCCGCCGGUCCUCCCGGACUACCUGGUACUCCAGGGUCACCAGGAAAUGAUGCUGUAGUCAAUUACGAUGAAAUCAAGAACUUCAUCCGUCAGCAAGUCAUCAAGAUUUUCGAUGAGAGGAUGGCCUACUACAUGUCUCGUAUGCAGAUGCCUGUAGAAAUGGUGUCAUCUCCUGGACGGCCCGGACCCCCUGGAAAAGACGGCAUUCCCGGUAAUCCCGGAGCCCCCGGCGCCCCCGGAAACCCAGGACUGAUGGGUCGACAAGGUCGGUCUGGACCCCAAGGCCCGGCUGGACCGCGAGGACCUGGUGGUCCAAAGGGAGAUAAGGGCGUAGGAGAGAUGGGAGAUGCAGGACCUCCAGGAGCGCCAGGUAUCCCAGGUUCCCCAGGCUAUGGUAAGAUGGGACCCCCAGGUCCCGUUGGCCAGCAGGGAGUGCCUGGAAUCCCGGGUCCACCCGGACCGGCUGGUUCGAAGGGAAACGAUGGCCGGUGUAACCCCUCAGACUGCAUGAGCCAUCAAGUAGAAUAUAGCCCCAAGGGCCCUUCUGUCAAGGGGCCCUGGUAAAUAAGCCAAGGGCACAGAAGACAGAGGUAGGGAAUUCAAAAAGGACAAAAAGUUAGCAACUCUGACCACAACAUUAAAUAUGGGAACUUCUUUUACUGUUUAAAAAAAAAAAAAAAAAACAGACUCUCUGAUUUGUUUGUGUAGUGUGCUGCAAAAAUCCUUGUGAUUCUUCCCCCACGCCAAGACAUAAGCAGUGAAUUUUUAUUGCAUCAUUUUUUUACCCCUAUAAAUUUCACUUCCUUCCCAUCUCGUUCUCUGUUGUUCUUUUUUGCCUUCUCUUUGCAAUGUUUCACUCUGGAAAACAUUCCACCGGGAGGUGGAAAGAUCCACAGUGUUUUUUUUUUCUUUUUUUUUUAGUUUUAAAUUUUCUUUAUCAAGUUUAGAAAGCAACAACAUGUACUGUAGCACUUUGCUUGCGCCUCUCACAAGUUUUGUUUUGUUUUUUCUUUUUCUCCCCCUCAAAAUAGCAGUGCCUCCCAUACCUUUAAAAUGGCAUCAAUGCUUGUGGCGUUAUCCUUAGCUGAAUUUGGUUUGUAAGAGAAUGAAUGCAUAUGGACCCUUUUUGAGGGCUUUCCUGUUUUGUAAAUAUUUAUAUUUAUAUAUACUGUAGCAGCUUUUUAUACAUUUUGAAACAUUUGAUGAGCUACAUAUUAGCAUAAGUAAGAAAAUGCUGUCCUCCAAACAUGCAUAAAGCAAUGUCCAGCUAUUUGAAGUGGAGAAUUUAAUUCAUGAAUCAAUAGGAUACUCACAUUUUUAGCAUUUAAGCAAGAUGCUUUUAUGCAUAUAUGGCCCUCUGGAAUAUUUGCAGCCUUCCAUCCGCAACUAGAACAAAUACAUUUGAAUUCACAACUUAUCAAAAUGCCAUUCUACAGCUUGAGGCCCAUUAUUUAGCCUUCAAUUAUACCACUUACUGUUAACGAAACCUCAAAAAACUGAACUGUGGUCAUUCUUUGUCUAAUAGAAACAGAAUGAAAAUGUCUUUAAAAUGGCCAGACAAUGUCACUGUAAAAUAUCACUCCAUACAGUUUUGCUGUGUAUAUGUUGUUUAAGGUCAUUGUUAUGCAACACGUUUCUUCCUUAUGUUGUUUUAUAAAGCAUUUGAGAGAGAAAAAAAACCAAGGGGUAUUUUGUUUUUGUUGUAUAUUUGUGCAACUGGUGUGUCCAAAUGUAUAAAUUACAGUAUGUAUGUGCACUUAAAUUGAAACUUGCAGAACGAUUGCUGACAAAUUCCAUCCAGCUGGAGCUUGCGUUCACUGCAAAUUGACUGAAUUGAAAAUAAUAAUAUGGGAACAACAUUUUUACAUGAUAAUAAAAAA